AUGUGCUCCGGAUAUUUUGAAUUAAAACAAAAUUUUCCAAUUAUUCAGAAAAUCUUUAGUUUGGAUUUCAACUUCAUGCUAACCAAACUAUUGGACAUUACAUUGGAAUAGUUUAUGCAGGGAGUAUUGGUGAAACAGCUGGGCUUAAAACCGGGGAACGAAUUGUCGGAGUAAAUGGGCAACUGAUUUAUCCAACUAAUACACAUAAAGAAGUUGUUCCUCUGAUGAAACAAAAUACAAUGAAAACAACACUUUUGGUGGCUUCUGAAAAAGUUGAUAAGUACCGUAAGAAAAAUAAUAUAGCUUG